UAUGGAGAAUAAAAAGCCCCAAAACAUACAACUGUGGUCCUCAGAAAGAGCCUGGAACCAUGAAGGGUACUACGCUGAUUUUUUCUUUCCUCCUGAUCAUCUCCGUCUUGUCCCAGGACGAAGACCUUGUCAAUACGUUUCCUGACAGGAUGAUGAUGGUUUCUGCAGCAGCAAAAAAAGAAGGAAAUGGUCCUGAACUCAAAGAGGCUGACUGUGAUAGUUUUGAAGGAGGAGUUUGCACCAAGCAAUUUGAUCCCGUCUGCGGCAGCGAUGGAAAAACGUACAGUACAGAAUGUGUACUCUGUCAGCACAACAGACAAGAGAAGAAGAAUGUGAAAGUGGCAAGGAGAGGCUCAUGUGCUCCUUAACUCUGUGACCAGCAGAAAUUCACUACUGUGUGGAAAUGACAAUCUUUCCGUGACUAAUAAAAUUAAAAUCUGCUGUUUGA